UUAGUCAACGGUGUUCCAAGUUCCAAAACAGAACACAAUUAACAAGAAGGAAGGAAGGAAGGAACCGUGUCUGAACUGGAACGCGAUCUUUCAAUGUAAAAAGACAAACUUACAGAGAGAGAGAGAGAGAACUUUUGAAACACAGGAUUUCGCUCUUUUCCCACUUCGCCGUCGUCCACCGGACUUUCACUAUUUUCCGCCCAUACUCGCCGCCGUCCUUUCUUCCAUCUAAUCAUCAAUCAUCAGAAGACGCAGACAGAUGAAUCACUGACUAACAAAGCAAUGACUACCACGCUGGAAGAAGGUCCCUCCGCCGCCAUCGCCGCCGUAGCUUCCGAAGCAGGAGAAGACAAGAAUGACGGCGGCGUAAACAGUGAGCUAUGGCAAGCUUGUGCUGGUCCUCUUGUCAAUCUUCCUUUACCUGGUACCCAUGUCGUUUACUUCCCUCAAGGCCACUCCGAACAAGUUGCAGCAUCUUUGAAGAAAGAUGGGGAUGUCCAAGUACCAAACUAUUCCAAUCUUCCCUCCAAGUUGCCUUGUACUCUUCACAGUCUCACCUUACAUGCAGAUUCAGACACAGACGAAGUAUAUGCCCGGAUGACACUUCAGCCAGUGUCUAGUUUUGACAUGGAUGCCAUAUUAAGAUCAGAUAUUUCUCUCAAGUCGAACAAGCCACAACCUGAGUUUUUCUGCAAGCAAUUGACAGCUAGUGAUACGAGUACUCAUGGAGGUUUCUCUGUACCCCGCCGUGCUGCAGAGAAGAUUUUCCCCCCACUUGAUUUCUCAGCGCAGCCUCCUGCUCAAGAACUUGUGGCAAAGGAUUUGCAUGGAAAUGUUUGGAAGUUCCGCCAUAUAUACCGUGGACAACCGAAACGCCACUUGCUUACAACCGGAUGGAGUCUAUUUAUCAGUGGGAAGAGGCUUUUAGCUGGAGACUCUGUUUUAUUUAUACGAGAUGAAAAGCAGCAGUUGCUUUUGGGUAUCAGACGAGCAAACAGGCAACCGACUAAUUUAUCUUCCUCAGUACUGUCAAGUGAUAGUAUGCACAUUGGAAUCCUGGCUGCAGCAGCUCAUGCUAGUGCAAACAAUAGUCCCUUCACCGUGUUUUAUAAUCCUAGGGCCAGUCCCUCAGAAUUUGUUAUUCCAUUGGCCAAGUACUACAGGGCAGUAUACAGCCACCAAAUAUCACCUGGCAUGCGCUUUAGAAUGAUGUUUGAAACAGAAGACUCAGGAACAAGAAGAUAUAUGGGUACAGUUAUUGGUGUUAGUGAUCUGGAUUCCGUGAGAUGGAAAAACUCGCAGUGGCGUAAUUUGCAGGUUGGUUGGGAUGAAGCCACCGCUGGGGAAAGGCGGAGUAGGGUCUCAAUCUGGGAAAUUGAACCUGUUACUGCUCCAUUUUUCAUCUGUCCACCUCCAUUCUUCAGACCCAAGAGACCAAGACAACCCGGAAUGCCUGACGAUGAGUCAUUUGAUUUCAGUAACCUUUUCAAGAAUACAAUGCCUUGGCUUGGUGAUGAUAUGUGUAUGAAGGAUCCCCAGGCUUUCCCUGGCAUGAGCUUAGCUCAAUGGAUGAACAUACAGCAAAAUCCUGCUAUGGUUAGCUCAUUGCAACCAAAUCAUGUGCCUUCCAUGCCUGCAUCUGUUGUACAGAAUCUUCCUGGAUCCGAUAUUGCCCAUCAAUUGGGAUUUUCUACUCAACAAAUCUCUCAAUCAAACAAUGUAGCCUUCAAUGCACCGGGGAUGCCUCAGAUGCCACUAUCCACUUCUAGUGGAUUGGGAGCAGUCAUGCAGCCAGAACAACAUUCUAGACAGAACUUGGCAUAUCAAACUCUACCGCAGAGUCAAGUUCAGACCCAACUUCUUAAUCCCCAGAGUAUUGUCCAAACGAACAAUAUUCUUCAAUCACAACAACCAUCCAUUCAAAACAAUCAACUCCAUAGAAGUCUCUCUCAGAACCCACUGCAACAGUUUCAACAGACUAUAAUUGGGCAAAACCAACCGCAAAAUAUGAUUAGGCCCACUAUGCCAGAUCAUAUUAAUCAACAGUUGCAUAUGUCUGAUAAUCAGGUCCGGCUUCAGUUGUUACAGAAGCUUCAACAGCAACAACAGACACUCUUGUCUCAGCAAUCUGCAUUGCAGCAGCCUGCUCAGAUUAUUCAAAACCAUGACCAGCAGAGGCAAGAAUUAGACGUCACACACAACUCUAGGGCAAUAACUCCCCGUCAAGUGUUUGAAAUUCCUCAUACGCUUCAAAACUCACUGCUCGAGGCUAAUUCUAUGAACCAUCAGAUGACAGAUCAUAGUAGCCAGAACAAUGUUCAGUUCUCCCAUCCAGCCAAGCAACAAAAGCUUCAACAUCAACAACAGCAAACACAACCCGGCUCACUGUCUAAAAUGUCUAGUCAUGUUGGACUUCCUUCUGCAACUACUGCUAAUCAGUUAUCUGCUUCCGGUUGCAGUAUACGGACUGUAGCAACUGGGACAGUGCCAUCGGUAAAUACUGAUCAUGCUCCAUCUUGUUCUACUUCGCCUUCCACAAAUAACUGUGUUGGUGCGCUUCCUCCAGUGACCACAUCCCAGAUCCUUAUGAGCACAAUAGGGGAUGACGUUGCUCAGUCUGCUGUGACCAUCUUGAGUCAAAGUUCUAAUGCAAAUGUGGUAAAAUAUGCACAGCCAAAUUAUGAUGUUAAGCCUUGUUUAAACAUUUCCGAAAAUCACAACCCAGUGAAUUUUUACCCUCAGACUUGCUUGAAUGGUGCUGCUAUCCAGACAGAUUGUUUGGAUACGUCGUCUUCUACAACUUCAGUUUGCCUUUCUCAGAGUGAUUCACGCUUUCAUCAGACUGACAGACCGGUAUCUUACUAUCCUCAGUCAAUGUUUUCUAGAGACAACAUUCAAAACGUGGAAGUUCAGGCUGAUGCUAGGUGCAAUGUUGCAUAUGGCAACAGCAUGAAUGGGCAAAUGAGAAUGCCACUGAAUCUAGAUUCUACGGUAACCAAAGGCACAGCAAGACUGGGCAAGGAUUUGUCAAAUGAUUUCUCUUCGGGAGGCUUGCUCGGGGGCUAUGAAAAUAACGGUGAUGCCCAGCCAGAACUUUCAUCUUCCAUGGUUUCACAAACAUGGGGAGUCCCUGAUAUGACCUUUAAUUCGAUUGAUUCCACUAUAAAUGAUAGUGGUUUCUUGGAUAGUGGUCCAUGGGCUCCGCGGCCGCCGCCACAUCAAUUUCAACGGAUUAGAACAUAUACCAAGGUAUAUAAACGCGGAGCUGUGGGAAGGUCCAUAGACAUAACAAGAUAUUCAGGUUACGAUGAGCUUAAACAUGAUCUGGCUCGUAGGUUUGGUAUUGAGGGACAACUAGAGGAUAGACAACGAGUAGGUUGGAAACUUGUUUAUGUAGAUCAUGAAAAUGAUGUUCUGCUAGUGGGAGAUGACCCUUGGGAGGAGUUUGUCAAUUGUGUCCGCUGUAUUAAAAUACUUUCUCCUCAAGAAGUUCAACAGAUGAGCUUAGAUGGAGAUUUUGGCAAUGGUGGCCUUCCAAGACAGGCCAGUAGUAGCUCUGAUGGUGGGAUUGCUUAAAUGGGGUCUAGGAAUUCGCUAACUAUUCUUCAGUGUUGGUAACAUAGUUUAUUCUUAGCGGGCAUAGAUUAUCAUUGUUGUUCGAAAAGGUAUUUACGAUGCAUUUCUUGGGGUUCUGGGGACAUUUCUGUCCUGCUUCUACACCGGCAAAUUUGAAGAGCCAGAACAAAUGAUGGUGAAAUUUGCUGUCUAGAACUUCCAUGAAGGUAAUAUAACCUGCUAAUGAAUCAAAUUUUCGGUGGAGCUCUUUCAUAUCCUUAGCUAGAUGUUUUUAAGCCGUGCAUAUGAUGUUGUUGUAAAGUUGGAACGAAAUUUCUGUUGGUAUAAUUGAAAUAUCAGAACAUAGUUCAAUGUAUCUGCCUUUGAGAGGAAUUCUUGUCUUUUGACAUUUGAAUUGAAAGGUGGGGCCUUUUGGUUGGGCCUUUUGUAAACAUCACCAGACAGCUACAUUGUGACCAUUGAAAAAAUUUCCACUCUUCCACUUGCUCUAAA